CCCAUUCAAAUUCUCGCGAGAUCAUAAAAAAGAGCGCCAGAAAUUUGAAGAAGAGAAACUACAAAUGAAGUCAAAACUCUUUUCUAUUUCGAAGAUAUUUCACAAAAGAAGAAAAUAACUGUAGAAUUUUAAUAUUCCAACACCGUAUGUUCUGAAUAGUCCUUCUUAUGUAGCGAAAAACGAAAAAAACACUAUUUUUCCCAAUAUCGUCUGCUUUCAAAAGUUCAAGGAUGACAGACGAGAAUCCCGCCCUAUUUUGACACAAAAAAGAAGUUACUAAUAGCCGCAGAAAACAUACAGAACAUCUGAUCGAAGAUGCCUGUUGACCAGAUAUCCUACUCUGAAAAAUACUUUGAUGAUAAACAUGAAUACAGACAUGUUAUACUGCCACCUGAUAUUGCUAAGAAAGUCCCAAAGAAUCAUUUAAUGACAGAAUCUGAAUGGAGGAAUCUUGGUGUACAGCAGUCUCCAGGAUGGAUUCAUUACAUGGUCCAUUCUCCAGAACCACAUGUAUUACUAUUCAGAAGACCUUUACCAAAUUCCACAAGUAUACCAAUGAAUGUUCAAGGAAUAGCCACAGCAGUCCAGUAAUUCAUGUUGAUGCUGGUGGUCCGAUGACAGAACAUGGAUUGUUAAUAACUCAAAAUUUCCAAAGAAUUUAAGAAAACUUGUGCUCUACAAUGGAAAUUUCUUGUGCAAAUAAUAUUAAGAGAACAGUCUAAAAAUCCAUAUUGACUUUUUCAUCAACUAUGAUUAGGUAACAAAAAAUGAAGAUGUUAUUGUAAGGGGCUUUUGAGGCUGUUCCUUUUGAUUAUAGUCCAAAGACAUUAUUAUGCCUUAGAACAUAUGCUUGUUACUUAAAUAUUGACUUCUUGUAUUUGUUAGAAAUGCCUUCUGACUAAGGGCAUAUACUCAUUGUAGUUGUAUUCUGAUUUUCUUGCAUCUUUUUCUUCAGUAUGAAUUUAUUCUACUUUUAUUGCAAAGCUCUUGUGCUAAUUGCUUUGUGGUUCAAGUAGACUACUAUCAUACUUAGAAUGUUUAUUUACUCUCAGAAAUCUCUUUGAUACUAGGAUAUUGCUAAACACAUAAUACAUGUACAAAACAAAGUCACCUGAUUUUCAGGUUUUGGAAAAUUCUGGCGGAAAUCAUUGUUAAAUAGCUAAUUUCCUACUAAUUUCUUACUAUGUUAUUAGUGUAUAAGUGGGUGAAUUUAAAUUUCAUACUUUCAAUUUUCCAUUCUCCAUGAAGAUUUCUGGUUACACUAUGUACAGGGGUCUGGAUGGGGUUUACAAAAUAAUGAAUAUUAGACCAAUUUUGCAGAAUAAUGGCAUAAAAAAUAUAUGAAAAUAACCAUGCUUAGAAAUAAAGGAUAGAAAAUAAAAAUGCAAAGUAUUUGAAGAAAAGAGAAAAAUGGCAUAAAAA